ACUUCCAGGUAAUCUAGAAGCUUCUUCUUCCUCUUCUUUCUUCUCAUUUCUCAGCAUUUUUCAUUCAAUUUCCUCUUCACACAAUUGCAGAGCGAAAGGAAGAAACAAACGAAAAAUCAAGAAGGAAAUGGCGCAUAUGGUGAGAAACAUGAGGGUCCCACCAAACUCGGCGAGUUUGGCCGAGGCUAAGAACAGGACCUUAGAAUUCUUCAGGAUGUGUUGCAGAUCCAUCCCUGAGAUCAUGGAUAUGUACAAUUUGUACGACGUCGUUUCUCCCUCCCAACUCCGUUCCGCUGUCGCUGCUGAAGUUCGUAAGAAUUCCAACGUUACUAAUCCUAAGGUAAUUGAUAUGCUGCUGUUUAAGGGCAUGGAAGAGUUGAAGAACGUUGUGGACCACUCCAAGCAGAGGCACCACAUUGUUGGCAAAUACGUCGUUGGUAACCAAGGUCUUGUGCAGGACCUUGAAGCCAAAGAUCAGGGCAGCUCUAAUUUCCUGAAAAACUUUUACAGCAGCAACUACUUCUAGAUUUCUUUGUAAAACUCUGUUGUCUGGGGUUUUUUCAGUUGUGGAUGAAAUUCCAAAUAAUGAUGCCAUUUGCUUGCAUCCUACUCUUGGAUAAAUGUUUCUGCUCUUUAUCGGUAAUGAGUACUCUUCUGAGUCCAGAACAACUUGUUGUUUUUGUUUGCUUUGAGAUGGAAGGCGUUCCCUUUAUUGUUUA